UUUGCAAGCUGUUAUGUAUUAUCUAACGGUCUUAGACAUUCGUUCAUUAGUGCUUGGCUACUUUAUUGUCAUUAAAUGAACUUUGAACUUCCAGGCUCGUUUAGAGAGUCAUAGCGCAACGGAAUAGAAAAUUUUGAGGAAAAAUGUUCACGCAAAAUGGAUUUCAUAUCGUCUCCCCACUUAUCGAGAGUACGAGCAUGUCUAAGCGGAUCGGGACCACCGUGUAUCUGAAGAUGGAGAGCUCGCAACCCACCGGUUCCUUCAAAAUCCGAGGAAUAGGAUACAUGUGUGAAAAUGUUGCAAGUUCAAACAAAUCAAAAGGUGUCGUUUGCUCUUCAGGUGGUAAUGCUGGUAUGGCCACAGCAUAUGCAUCAAGAAAGCUCAACCUCCCAGCCACCAUUGUUUUGCCCUCAGCAACUCCUCAACUGGUAGCUCAGAAACUUAAGGACCAGGGUGCUACGGUCAAAGUUGCUGGCAAGGUAUGGGAUGAUGCAAAUGCUGAGGCCCUACGUUUGGCUGAAAGCGAAGGUCUUACUGUAAUACACCCGUUCAACCAUCCCCUAGUCUGGAAGGGUCAUUCCAGUAUUGUGCAUGAACUCAAGGCCUCAUUGCCAUCCAAACCUGGAGCUAUAGUGGUGUCUGUAGGAGGUGGAGGUCUGUUUUGUGGGAUAAUAGAAGGUAUGGAUGACGUGGGCUGGGGAGAUGUGCCUGUCCUGUGUAUGGAGACCGUAGGUGCUGACUGUCUAAAUGUUGCUUGGAAAGCCGGAGAUCUAGUUACACUGCCUGACAUCACAAGUGAAGCGACAUGUUUGGGAGCGAAAACGGCAUGCCAGCAAGCAUUUGAGUACAGCAAACGUCCCAGUGUCAUUUCCGAGGUGGUGACAGAUCUACAGGCCCUGGAGGCAAUGGAAAUGUUCCUGGAUGAGGAGCGUGUGUUGGUGGAGUUGGCCUGCGGAGCGUCAUUGGCUGCAGUGUACAGCGGUGUCAUCCAGAGGCUACAGGAAGAGGGACGCCUUCCUAAACCGCUCGACUCGCUGGUAAUGAUAGUGUGUGGGGGUGGCAGCGUGAACCUGGCUCAGCUGCAGCAUCUACAGGCAGUCAUACGGAAAUGACCACAUCUGUAGAUUCUCACUUCUGAGAUAAAUGGUCAAAGCAUCUGCUUUGAGUUGCGCUGACAUGUUGUGUUACGUAAAUCAAAAGAUAGUAUGGAUAAUUUACUGUAUUUCGAACAGCUGAGAGGAAACAGUCUAUCAUAUAGUCUGUUUUGAGCAAACAUGCAGAACUAGAUAAAAUCUUAACAUUUUCUGUAACACCUUGUUUUAGUAAAAUGGUGAAAUAAAUUCCUUUAUCUCCUCA